CGCACGGCGUUUUGUCGGUGGAUGAAAAACAGCCUUUCAUGAGACGCGGCGGAUCAUACGUGUGCUGAGGAGCAGCCCAGUGCGAGGUUCCCGUGCGUGUGUUACACGCCCGUUCACAUUCAGCGCAGUCUGAGAAGAGAGGUGCAGUCUGUCUUUGUGGGUGGAGCUCUGAAGUACCACGUAGAGAGCAGCACCCUCUGCUGGCCUUGGGUCAUCUCCUCCAUCUGGAUCCUGGAACAGCCCACCUAUAGGGCCCCUGCUCUAAGUCCCCGAGUCCCAGCUGAGGGAGUGUGAGGAGGCUGGAGAAGGGGACCUGGGCACGCCCGGGGGAGGAGCCUCACUGCUGUGACCUGCCAGGUCGAUGUUGAUUAAACUUUGCUGGGGGAGCAGAGAAGAAGACUGAGGCGAGGCCAUGAGUAAAUUCUGUCACGUCCAGUACCGAAGCCCAACACGGAAGACCUGAAAUGGGGACUGUGCACUCCCCAGUGCUGAUGCCACAGCUGUGACUGUCUUCAGGAAGCCUGUUUCUCCACAAGUGUCUCAUCAGCCUUCACUGCUUAUCCUCACCUGUGGCCCCCUGGAGGUGAAGCACUGCCCAGCACCCUCUGCUCUCUUCCUACGUCUUUCGAGAAUCCUGUUAUCCACAUUUUUUCAUUCAUUAUGGCUAACUGGCUUCACUUCCCCUCACUUACAAGCCCUACCAUUCUGGUCCUCUUCCUUCUUCCCUUUAUGCUCCUUCUCCACCUGCUGACGCCAGUGCGGGCCGACUGCUGGCUCAUCGAGGGGGACAAGGGCUACGUGUGGCUGGCCAUCUGUAGCCAGAACCAGCCCCCCUAUGAGACCAUUCCCCAGCACAUAAACAGCACGGUGCAUGACCUGCGCCUCAAUGAGAACAAGCUGAAGGCCGUCUUCUUCUCGUCGCUGAGCCGCUUUACCAAUUUGACGGACCUCAACCUCACCAAGAACGAGAUCUCCUACAUCGAGGAUGGGGCUUUCGCCGGCCAAGCCAACCUACAGGUGCUGCAGCUAGGUUACAACAAGUUGACUAACCUGACGGAGGGCAUGCUUCGCGGUUUGGGCCGCAUGCAGUGCCUCUUCGUCCAGCACAACCUGAUCGAGAUGAUAGCCUACAACGCCUUCUGGGAGUGUCCUAGCCUCAGCAGCCUUGACCUGUCCUCCAACAAGCUGGCUCGCCUGGACCCCUCCACCUUUACCAGCCUCACCCGACUGUCAGUGUGUGAGCUGGCGGGGAACCCCUUUCACUGUGGCUGCGAGCUGUACAGCUUCCUCACCUGGCUGGAGGCCUUUAACAAUGUCACCCACACGUACGACCGGCUGCAGUGCGAGACGCCGCGUGAGUUUGCCGGCUUUCCCCUGCUUAGCCCCGUCGCGGGCCACAGCCGCAACGCCCGCGCUAUCCUGUCCUCUAUGUGUCGGGACGGGAUGAUAAUUCCUGGGAUCACCUCACUACCACCUGACUCAGAUGCCUCGGGCCUGGGCCCAGACAUAUCCGACCGCAUGGGGCUCUACCAUCAGCCCACUACAUCCUCCACCACCGAUCCCACGUACAGUCCCAGCAUCAAGCUGCAGCACGUAUCCUUGUCUUCAGCCUCCCUGUUGGUACAAAUCCCCAGGCCCUACAGCAAGAUGUACAUCUUGGUACAGUAUAACCACACCUAUGUGUCCGACAUAAUGAACCUCAAAAACAAGAAGGAGAUCAUCACCUUGAACAAUCUCAAACCACACACUAACUACACCUUCUGUGUGGCCUCCAUCCGCAACUCCCAGCGCUACAACCAUACGUGCCUCCAUUUCGCCACGCGCAUGCAGAAUCCUGAUGACAUGCGGCCCAGCACUUCCACCACCACCCAUUACAUUAUGACCAUCCUGGGUUGCCUCUUCGGGAUGCUUAUCGUGCUGGGGGUGGUCUACUACUGCCUGCGCAAGCGACGGAUGCAGGAGGAGAAACAGAAGUCCAUCAGCGUUAAGAAGACCAUCCUGGAGAUGCGAUACGGGCCUGAGGCUGCUGCUGCGGCUGCCAACGACCUCUCUGUCGUUCAGAAAUUCCAUGAUCAGGCGCAUCACCAGCACCACCAAAGUAAGCUUCCCCCCUCUUCCUCCACCAGCUCCGGGAUGAUUCAGGGCUCAGCUAACACCAGCUCCUCCCGUCUCUCGUCUAUCCCGCAAGAGGGGAAGAUGUCCACCACCUUCUCAGAAACAAUGGCAACCACCAAGGGCAACUACAUGGAUGUGAGGACCUCUGCAGCCGGGGAGGACAGAGUUAGAGAUGGCAGCAUGUCCAGGGCUGGCGAUGAGAAACUAAGGGAGGGCAACGGAACAGACGUGAUUGAAGAUUCUGACGAUGACGGUCGGGGCUCUGUCUCAGAGAUUUCUACCAUUGCUAAGGAGGUGGACAAGGUGAACCAGAUCAUAAACAACUGCAUUGAUGCACUUAAGCUGGACUCUGCAUCUGUGGCUGCUGCAGCCGCUGCCGUCACCGCUGCAAUGGACAACCCCACCUCUCCUUCAUGCAUCUCAUCCUUAGCUAGGGGACACAUUCCCCUGGCUUCCGGGAUCACCGAGGCAUGCCAGGUCCUUGCAUCUCCAAAAAUCCCUCCUCCUCCCCCACUCCCCCUUGUCCUGCCACUGUCAGAGCGGCCGGGGAUUAGCGGUGGGGGUUUUCUUUCACCCCCCUACCGGGAACCUCCACCGGCUACCGCUGUCCGGCCACUCCAGAGACAGCUGAGCGCAGAUGCAGCAGUGGUGGUCAUAGGCCCUGUCAAGAACCGCUGCAGCACCUCCUCCUCUUCCUCCUCCUCCUCCAGUGGGCCAGCUAAAAACACCCGUGUCUUCAGCUUAGAAGUUCCGGAGCCUCGUAGCCCAGAUUCCUGCAAGUACUCAGAGAAGGGCAGCCCUGUGGAUUGUGGGGAGCCUCUGGAAAGGAUGCCUUUGGUGGGGAGCCAAGGAUGUGGUGCCAAUGGCGGUGGUGGCACCAAUGGGGGCAGCAGUGCUGGCAGUGGGGGGGCUGCCACAGGAGGCCAACACCACCUGGAAGUGCAUCCGGACUACCAUUGCUCUGAGCACCGGCACUCCUUUCCGGCUCUGUAUUAUGAGGGACCCGCUGAUUCCCCCACCCAGAAGGCCUCGUUCCUCAAGCCCCUCACCCGCAGCAAGAGGGACGCCGCUUACUCCCAGCUCUCGCCCCGCCAUCACAACUACUCGGGAUAUUCCUCUAGCCCUGAGUACUCCUCUGAGAGCACACUCAGGAUCUGGGAGCGCUUCCGCCCGUACAAGAAGAGUGCCCGGGAAGAGGCCUCCUACGUCGCUGCCGGCCACGCUCUCCGGAAGAAGGUACAGUUCGCCAAGGACGAGGAUCUUCAUGACAUCCUUGACUACUGGAAGGGUGUCUCGGCGCAGCAAAAGCUGUGA